AUGCAGCAGCCCCCCGCCGAGGGCCUCCUCGCUUCAGGGCGUCCGCGGGCCUCCUCCGGCGCGGCGCCCUCCGGCGGGCCGCCGGCCGCCGCCCUCGUCGCGGGCGAGGCGUCGCCCCUGCUGCCCGAGGAUGCGAAGGCCGUGUCAGCGGGCAUCCGCGGCCUCUGGAAGCAGCUCGGCUGGCAGUUCUUGGUGUUCCUCAUGUGCUCGCAGCACGUCACCAAGGGCCUCGUGAACGACAUGGUCCGCGCAGCCCAAAGGUACGUCUUCCGGGAGUACGCGGUUCCCGCUCCAAGGAUGGCGAUGUUCGACGGCGUCAUUGCGCUCCCCUGGGCGCUGAAGCCAAUCCUGGGUGUUCUCGCGGACACGUGCCCGAUCGGAGGGUAUUCAAAGAUGCCAUACAUCAUGCUCGCGUCUCUGAUGGGUAUGUACUCGAUGUUCACCCUUGGCCAAAUGCGGCACGAGCUGUCGGUGGCGGGCGUUGUGGCGCUCUUGUUCAUUUCGUUGCGUGAUACCCAGCACCGAACCAAACCUCUGGGUUGA